AUGGGCAACGCCGCCACGAUCGGCUCGUGCUUCCGCCCGCCGAACCCCCCAGCCGCCGCCGUCACUCUCAUACCCUACGGCGGCGGCGCCGCCACGACCCUCGCCGGAAAGCACCUCGCCGGCGAGAUCAUGUUCGAGUUCCCGGACCGGAUGGUCUGUCCGGCCGACUCGUUCUUCGUCGGCCGGCCCGCCCCGGCCCUCUCCAUCGGAGACGAGCUCGUCCCGGGCCGCACAUACUUCCUCCUCCCAAUCGACCUGUUCGGGCCCGUCCUGUCCCCCUCGUCAAUGGCGGCCCUGAGGCCCGCUGGCCAGGGCCGGGCCGGGUUUAAGGGGUGCCCGUUUGAGUACGGGAAAGGGCCCGAUGGGAGGGUUUUGAUUAGGGUCGUGCCGGAGUUCAUCGCCUGGUUGAUUAACGGUGAGAGUGAAAAUAGUGAUUGUGGCGGCGGAGGGAGUGGGAGCCCUCUGUGCAGUACGCCGGAGCUGCAAAAACAUUAUGAUCAGCUGGUUGGGUUUAGAGAUAGGGUUAAUUGGUCGCCCAAGCUGGAGACUAUUUCUGAGUGCAAAAUAAUUAGGUUUUCGCCGUGUAGGUUUAUGGGGCUCCAGUGGAAAAAGGAGGAAACUGAUGGGUGCUGCCGUCCGUCAGUCUGCCACUGCUCGCCGCCGCUACCGCUGUUCCGCCCGCUCUCUCCAAACACUGUCGCCGUUGUCCGUCACGGCGACGACGUCUUCACGCCGUCCGUCAUGCCAUAUGCCGUCGUCGUCCUCAUGUCGCCGCCGUCCUCGAUCCGUCGUUCGCCGCCAUCUAACUCCUCAGAAUACGACAGCCAGACUCUAACCGACUACAGCUGCCACAUGCCUGACCGAGACUGUCGGGAUCCAUCUCGCUGCCGGAGGAGGUGGAGCUCGGUUUUGCCGCCAUUAAUCUCGCCGCCUCUAACCUCCUCCACCGUGAAGCGCCGUCAUACACCGGCCGCCGUCAUCCUCGUCGUCCUUACUUCGAUUCGACGAUCAAGGUGCAGCACCCAGCAGGAGCUCGACAGUCAUUAA